GAGUGGCUGGAGGAGAGAAUGGAUCGCCUUACACAGAUGAUCCUCCGCCAGGAACAGACCUUAUCGGCUCUCCGUCAGGACCUGAUGCUCUAUCUCUUCGGCGAGCAGGGCAUGAUACCGAUCUUGUGUCAGGAGGAAGCGCCAGAGAAGUUGGGAUACUCCCUCAAACUAGCAAUGUUCAAGCAGUUGAUGAUCACGUUGCAGGAGCGGCUCACAGAAACAUCGAAGAGCCCACAGGCAAUGGACCACGCCAAAUCCCUCAACUGGGUAGACCCGGAGGGCUGCUGGAGGAUUCUCAAAUGGAAUGGGGCAAAGCAGAACCUCGAGAUCGACCCCUCAGUUCAGGCAACCUCCACCGAGAACCUCCUGAGCCAGAUUGUGCAAGUCCGCAAGGCCAUCAACGAGACAUCGCUAAUUCGGUUCAAGUCUAUUCGACGGCUGACGGAGGGGGUAAAAACGGAAUGGGUGACCUUCCAGAUCUUCGUGUCUCUUCGCCAAGAGGGCUCUCCGAUCUGGAGUGCUCUGACUUCGUGGAUUGGACAGGCAGCCUUCCACACGAUAGGAUGCAGAUUGAGGCGCGAUCGGCCACAGUACGAUGCACUGGCGGCCAGUCUUUGGGGAUGA